UUUUGCGUCACCUGUAGCAUUAAGAUCAAGAUCAAGAUCGCGAGGACGUUGACGGGAAGGAGACGCCGGGAGCAGUGCAUGGCCUUUAGCAGUCUGUGGAAAUGGCAACAGCCCUCGCCAGACCAAUAUCGUUUACGGAUAUUGGCCUCAAUGACCAAGACCAGGAUGGCAAUUCAGCAUUGUUGGAGCUGGACAGAGGUCUGAAAUCUACACGAACAGGAGAGCAGUGUGAAGCAAUAUCAAAGUUUCCAGCACUGUUUGAGAAGUAUCCAUUCCCCAUAUUGAUAAAUUCUGCCCUUUUGAAAUUAGCUGAAGUCUUCAGACAAGAAACCCCUGGGAGUAACUUUGUACGUGUGUGUGUUGUCGAGGUAGUGGAAUCAUGUGGCAGACAUUUAGACAAGCUCAUCAAUGUGGAUGAGUUUUUGCGGCGUAUAACAACUGUCAUGCACUCCAAUGAUCCUCUGGCCAGAGCACUCACCUUGCGCACCCUGGGUUGGAUGUCAGGUGUAGUAGGGGAGAAUAGGAGGGUUCAGCACCUCAUCCGUGAGGCUCUGGAUGCCAAAGAAUUUGUGGAACUUCAGGCUGCCAUCAUGGCAGCUGAGAAAUAUGCUGCAAAAUCAAAAACUUUUGCAAUGAACAUGUGUGACAGACUAAUCCAUAUGAUUGGAGGAUUGGCAACACCUGUUGAUGUGAAGCUGCAGUUGAUUCAGGUCUUCCAACACAUGCAUCAUGAUGCAGAAACUGCUGCUACUGUGCGUAGCUUGUGUCUGGAGCUGCUUAAGGAAUACCCAACACAGCGUGUAGUGAUCACCACCCUGCACACUCUUACCCAGCUGGCUACACACAGCUUGGUGGACAUUCCUCAGCAGGUGGACCUAUUGAUUGGGACCCUGGAGAUUGAGGCCCGGCUUGGUGUGCGACAGGCUGUGCUGGGUGAGCUGGGAUUUCUGGCUGAAGCUGCUCCUCAUGCUUGGUCAGCAGACAAUGUGGAAACAUUAGUCAAGUUCACUAAGUCACCCCACCACAGUCCUGCCAUGACAACUACUGCUUUAUCAGUAUUGGCUUCUCUCACUGCAGCCCCAGCACUUCCAAGGAUAACACUUACUCCAGAAUGUGCCCUGGUUGACCUUUGUCGUGAGUGUGUUUAUGACAGCAACUUAACAGUUGCUUGCAGAGCCCUCCAACUUUUCACUAAUAUUGCAGUGUACAUGUAUGAAGAACAGAAAACUAGCCAGUUGUGUGAGGAGGCACAUUGUGCUGCCAUCAGUCUACUGCAGAGUGUAUUUAGUUCUUCUCAGCUGGAGGAGUCAACAGGUCCCACACCAGAAGAGUAUAUACCCCGUGGCCUGCGUUCAUGCUUGGUGUUUGCUGUGCUGCUCUCCCAAACCCUGCCCUGCAUCAUGGAUGAUCUUGCUGUCACCCUCACUCACACACUAUCUGAUAACACACUUUCAGUGUGUGGAUGUCAGCUAGUGUGUGAAGCACUGGCAUCUCUUGGAGGGAACCGAGGGGAUGUUCUCACACCGCAUCUCACUCCUGUGUUGAAGUUGGUGCAGAAACUCACUGUAGAGGCUCCAUUAAAUGCUCAGAAGACAAAAUUAAUAGUCACACUGGUGACUCUAGUGCUGCAGGUGUUUCAUGGUCACAUAUGGUCCAGCCAGGCAGAAACUGCUGUAGUGGCUGCCAGCAAGUGUGUCAAUCAGUGGGCUGCAUUUUGCAUGGCACGACAGGCAUCAAGGUAUGGCCAUCACAACUUUGCUGCUGGCCUGUAUGGUGUGCUUAGUUGGAGAGUUUGUUCAGACCAACAGCAUUUCUGGGUAUCAGCCUUGGCUGAGGUGAGCCAAGGUGAGGCAUGCCCAAUGGCCACAGGAGACAGAGCAGACAAUCUCACUGCUGCCAACACUCACCUAUUAAGGGCAUUGUCUGCACUCAAGGCAGCAAGUACACCAAACCAGCCCAUGAACUUCUGUCAAGAAUAUGUGAGGCUGCGUGCUGAGACCUUCAUGUGUCAUGCACAGCUGCUUCAUGCCUGCUUGUCCUUGCGUACAGCCCCUCCACCUGCCAUCGCAGCCUCACUUGCCACAUCAACAAGGGAUGACCUCCUGAGGUGUGGUAGAGUAUCACAGCAACUCACUAAGUCAGCAAGAGACUUUAACAACUUAGCUUCACAAUAUGGAACCCUUUACCAAUCUGUGUUUGAUGCCGAUCCACAAACAUUGUGCAAUUUGGCACUUUUGCAGCAGGGUGCCUUGCUGGUGGCUCAGGGAAUUGAGAUCAUUACUCGGCCUUCAGCAGGACAACUAACAGAGGAUUACUCUGGUCUUGAUCUCACUACAAUAACCAGCAAACUUGGUGGUGGAGAAUCUGUCGAGACCCAAUCUAUAAUUACUGCACUAGAAGAAGCCACCACCCUUGUGCGCAGGCUGGCUCAGGUUUCUUGUGAAGUCAAGCCAGUGAGAGAACAACAUCUGCAAUUACUUCAAGGCAUUUCCCAAGUCCUAACAAGUGUCCCACUGCCCUAUCCACGCUUCUUUUUUCAGACAUUACAGAAAACCACCAUAACCCUGGCUAUACUGCCACAGCCACGUGCACCAGGAGAUCCCAUUUCUGUUCAGACCUCAUCCCAGCUUGCACUCAAAGUGGAAGGUGUUAUUGGUCAUGGGAAGAGACCAGGAUUGUUUCGGUCUGUGCGUUCUGUCACACUUGCUGUUAAUUCCAGUCUAACAAGUCGUCCUCAGCAUACUCUGGAUAUAAAGGGGGAGCCCAAUGAAACCCUGACACAGACUGUGGAGCCUCACAAUGAUUUCUUUGCCGCUCAGUUCCUGCUUGGAUUUCCAGUUCCAGGAAUGUAUCAGGUUAGUGUUGACACAUCAGUCACAGAUGACUCUGAUGAUGCCUGGCAGACAGGACCACGCCACACACUCCAUGUCAAGUCCCAAGAAGACCCUGCCAGCAAAACCAGUGUGUCUCAAGCACCUCGUCAAGUACCACCCUCCCAGUAUGCUCCCUCCACUUCACAGGGAGCCCCUGGACCUCCUCCACCAGGUGUCAGUGUUCUGCCUCCCAGCCAGCCAGGAGCCAGUGGCACAUCACUUUCUCAACUACCUCAGUAUAAUAUACCCAGGCCAGGUACUUAGCAUAGAUAUAUCAA